UCUAUCUCCUCUGGUUUUUUUUUUUUUUUCCUGAAAAGUUCUAAAUCGCAACAACAACACUUAUCUCAAGUAUCGAAUCCUAAACCUCAAGAUUAGGGCAAAGCCCUCUGCAUUGUUCCUUGCUUGUUAGCACUAAAAGGUUCAGCUUAGUAACCGAAUAUUUGCUAAAGUUAACAGUGCACAGAGACUUUCUAUAGUUUCUCUUCGCUAUUCCGCGGUCUCUACCUCGCGUUCUCUAGCUAGCUGGCUCCCUACUUCCGCUGUUUUCUAAUUUAUUUAUUUUUCCUUCCUAUGAUCCUGCCGACACUGUUAAUUGCAUGGCUUGAGAGAAGAGAAGGAAGGUGAGAGAGAGUGUUCCACAUGGAAACCGCAAUGUUUGUGAUCUCUUCUCUUCUCUUUCUGUCAGCUAACUCUGUCCAAUCUACUACGAACCCUUCAGAUGUUGAAGUUCUUGUGUUGCUUUAUAGCACUUUGAACAGCCCUCCUCAGCUUACUGGAUGGAAAUCAAUCGGAGGUGAUCCGUGUGAAGAAUCAUGGAGAGGGAUCUCCUGCUCUGGCUCAGAUGUUAUUUCCAUCGAGCUUGCAGGUUUGGGACUUGGUGGCACUCUUGGAUACCUCCUCUCCAAUCUCUUAUCCUUGAAGACAUUGGAUGUGAGCAACAAUAAUAUACGCGAAUAUAUCCCUUUUCAACUACCUCCAAAUCUUACUUACUUGAAUCUUGCCAGCAACAAUUUUAGUGGAAAUCUUCCCUACUCAAUAGCUAGCAUGCUUUCCCUUGUUUACAUGAAUGUUAGCCAUAAUUUGUUGUCACAAUCGAUUGGAGAUUUGUUUUCCUUUCUUCAAAAUCUCUCUGACUUAGACCUUUCCUUCAAUAGCUUAAGCGGAGAUCUUCCAAAUUCUUUGGGUUUGCUAUCAAACCUUUCUAGUCUUUGUUUGCAAAAUAAUCAGCUGACUGGUUCAGUAAAUGUUCUUUCCAAUCUUGAUUUAAAUAAUUUAGACAUUGCAAAUAACCACUUCACUGGAUGGCUACCCCAGGCUUUCCAUAAAAUUCGGAACCUCAGAAUUGAAGGAAAUUCCUUCGAGAAUGUUCCUGCUCCUCCACCACCUCCCUAUACCUCACCACCUCCUCUUGUGUCACAUAAUCAUCACAAUCAUACUGAAGCACCAGCAAAUGCACCAAAAGGUCAUUAUGGCCAGAAUGCGAAUUCUGGCAGAGGUAGUAGCAGUAGUAACACCAAAAGUUUGGCAGCAGGUGCGUUAACUGGCAUAGUUGCUGGUUCAGUUGCCUUUGCUUCAUGUGCAGUACUUGUUACUCUAUUCUUCCUUUAUAAGUCUAAGAAGAAGGGUAAUGAGAACCAAAAUAAGUUAAGGCACCUUGUGGGAUCUCCUCCUGUUGGUGCAAAUAAAGGAGAAUGGCAUCAAUUUUCAGAUUAUAUUUCUUCACAUGUACCAACAGAGUGGAAUUUUCGAACCAAAGAACCUGCAUCUUCUAAUGGACAAUCAAGUUCUGUUCAACAAUCUCUUGUGAAUAAAGGGCUUGGAGAUCAUAAACUCAGAAGCUCUCCCUCUUCAACACAAUCGAAGCCACCACCUUCUGAUAAAAUGUCGACCGGAAAGAGUGGAUCUGCUAGGAUACCAAGAGUACCGAUCACUGCAGCUUAUUAUAGUGUUGCUUCCCUUCAGACUGCAACAAACAGCUUUAGCCAGGAAUACCUUAUUGGCGAAGGUUCUCUUGGUCGUGUUUAUAGGGCAGAAUUUUCCAAUGCAAAGAUUUUUGCUGUCAAGAAGCUGGAUAGUGCAGCAUUGUUCUUGCGAGACGAAGAAGAAUUUCUUGAGGCUGUUUCGAACAUAUCACAUUUGAGACACCCCAACAUCACAGCUCUAGUUGGAUAUUGUGCUGAACACGGUCAACACCUUUUGGUGUAUGAACACAUUUCAAAUGGAGCAUUGCAUGACAUGCUGCAUUUCUCUGAUGAUAGCAGAACUCUUAGCUGGAAUGUUCGUGUAAAAGUUGCACUUGGCACUGCCAGAGCUCUAGAGUACCUGCAUGAAGUAUGCUCACCAUCUGUUGUACAUAAAAGUUUGAAAUCUGCAAACAUUUUACUGGAUGAAGAUCUCAAUCCACACUUAUCAGACUGUGGACUAGCAGCAUUAACUCACAAUACUGAAAGACAGCUUUCGACGGAGAUGAUGCCUUCAUUCGGUUAUAGUGCUCCUGAAUUUGCAAUGUCUGGAGUUUACACUAUAAAGAGUGAUGUUUAUAGCUUUGGUGUGGUGAUGUUAGAGCUAUUAACUGGUCGAAAACCACUGGACAGUGCUAGAGUUAGAUCUGAGCAGUCUCUGGUAAGAUGGGCUACACCGCAACUUCAUGACAUCGACGCUUUGGCGAAAAUGGUUGAUCCUGCUCUCAAUGGAAUAUAUCCGGCGAAGUCACUCUCUCGCUUUGCUGAUAUCAUUGCUUUGUGUGUUCAGCCUGAACCCGAAUUCCGACCGCCGAUGUCUGAAGUUGUUCAAGCUUUGGUCCGGCUCAUGCAGAGAACAAGUUUGGUCAGGAGGAGCUCAACUGAUGAGUUGGGAUUCUCAUACAGGAUUCCAGAGCAUGAAGCCACUUCUGAUAUGUUCUUGUAGGGAAUUUUAUGGUUUUGAAGUACACAUAUGCGAAUAAAGGAAGCACUGCCUCAUUGCAUUCCUGCCCCAAGGAUCAAUUGCAGUAUUCCUGAUACUAUAAAUCUGCACCAUCUGAUAUGAAGAGUUCAGCUAUUAACCCAUUCUGUAAAAGCUUUUCAUUUUCUGUUUUCAUUAGAGAUUAAUUCGUCUGUACUACAGAUGCCUAUAUAUAUUAAUAUUUUUGAAUGAA